UGGAAAUGACUUAAGGAGCCCAUAAUAACAGGAAAAGAUCUAGCUUAGCCCUUUUGGGCAUCAGAAUCAUGGAAUGCCCAGUCUUUUUAAAGUAAAGGGAGGAUACCUUGCACAUCGAGUGGCCAAGCUCUGCAGCAAAACUUUACAUUCAAGCUCAAUAUUCUAACUGGAUAUGAAAAAGAUGCAACUUCUUCAACUGUGUGCCUUCUUCCAUGUCACAGUCUGUAGUCAGAUAGAAGAAGUCGCCAUAUCACCUCCUGGGAAUGAGGUAUUUGUGCUAGCAGGUUCAGCCUUCCAGUUCACCUGUGCUUGCGUUGGUAGUUGUAAGACACCACAGUUCAGCUGGACAAGAGCUACUACUGACUCUGAUCGUAUGCGAACCAAAAACAGCACUCUCAAAUUUUCCAACGUGAAGAUUGAGGAUGCGGGUCGAUAUACCUGUGAUGCAAAGUGCGAUGGCAGUUCAGAGAAAAAACUAAAAUCUGUCAAGAUGACUGUCUAUGCUUUUAGUCAACCUGUGUUGGUGAUGCCAAGUAUUUUGACGGAAAAUGUGGCUUGUGAUGUAACAUGCAGUGUUGAUGCAUUUGACCACGUUGACAGUGUCCACAUAAGCUGGUAUCUAGGAAGUGAACUUCUUAAAGAUGAAACUCAGCAGACUUUGGAUGCAGCUAACGUGUCAGACACACUGACUCUUACUGCCCUGAGGGACUAUACUGGGAAGAGUCUGACCUGUGAAGUGAAAGCAGACAUGAGAAAUAACUCAAAACAGGUUUCUUACUGUCUCGACAUACACUAUGCACCUAAGAUCAACAUCAGUGCUUCCUCAUCUGGGAUGGAAGAGGAGGAAGUGGUGAUGAGCUGUAGAAGUGACGGCAACCCCACCCCUACUAUUGAGUGGGAGAGAAAAGGGGAGCUGUGGCCUAAGAAUCUGCAUCGACACAAACAAGGAAAUGUCACGGGCCGGCUACACCGCAGCAACCAAGGGGUUUACCAGUGUGUGGCCAAGAACGUGGUGUCCGAGGCAAAGGAAGAGAUGAAACUGGAGGUGCAAUACGGACCAGCAAACACAAGUAUCCAGUCCUUCCCACUGCAGGCCAUUUCCUAUGGGGUUCAGCUGAACCUUACCUGCUUGUCAGACAUGUACCCCAAAGCCAAACAGUACAUCUGGACCAGAAUCCCAGAUAUGGCCCUACCCAAGGAGGCCAUGGUUACAAACAGCCAUUUAAUCAUAGAUAACUUCCAAGAGCACCACCAAGGCAUCUAUGAGUGUAGAGUGAUUCACCACAGUGGGAAUACAGAGAGAGCAUUCUAUACCGCCUCUGUUCAAGCGGAGCCCGAGUCUAAGGUGUUCACUCAGAUGGUGGGUGCAGUGGCUGGCAGUCUUGUCAGCGGAAUCACAGGAGGCAUCGUGGCAGGAUUCAUGUUAGCUAAAUGGCUGAAGUGAUGCUACCUUAAAUCACCUCACUGUGUGGGAUCUAAUCCGGAGCCAUUCAGAUGGUCUCAACCAGAGUGCCUUAUUAUCAAUUCAUACAGCAGAGUUUAACAGUGAUUAAUAUACAGUACUUUCAGAAAGUAUUCAUACCCCUUAAUAAUGUAUUCCACAUUUUGUUGUGUUACAGCCUGAAUUCAAAAUAGAUUAAAUAGUUUUUUUUAAAGCCGAUUUAAGUCCAAACUCUAACUAGGGCACCCAGGAAUAUUCAAUGUUGUCUUGGUAAGCAACUGCAGUGUAUAUUUGGCCUUGUUUUUAGGUUAUUGUCCUGCUGAAAGGUGAAUUUGACUCCCAGUAUCUGUUGGAAUGCAGACUGAACCAGGUUUUCCUCUAGGGUUUUGCUUGUGCUUAACUCUAUUUCGUUUCUUUUUAACCCAAAAAACUCCCUAGUCCUUGCUGAUUACAAGCAUACCCAUAACAUGAUGCAGCUACCACAAUGCUUGAAAAUAGGAAGAGUGGUACUUAGUGAUGUUUUGUGUUGGAUUUGCCCC